GGAGGAGAAGAGAAACUCUGAUGACGGAUACUGGAGGAAACUGGCUUGGAAAGCACACACACUGCAGCUCACGCUAUUAGGAGCUUAUUUUUGGGGACUGAUAUCGUCAGAGUGUGACUGUGCUGGACUGAGCUGACCAACCAGUCGAAGAUGUCGCUGCACAAACCAGCCCUCAGACGCAGCGCCUCUACAUUAGAGUCGACCAAUCGUGGAAGCCCUUUAGUGAACCCACCCACAUCCCUCAAUCUCCGCUCUUCUCUCAAUCAACAACUGGGCCGUGAUUUCACAAGGGGAGGCGUUUCUGUGGAGACACAGGGUUCUGCAGUUCCCUCGAAGAACCGCCAGAAAUACGCUCUGACCAACUUGCAGAAUGCUAUGGGGCUGGAUGGAAGUACUGCCCCUGGAAGGGUUAAACCCGUUCCCACGAAAUCUGCCUCUUCCUCUUCCCUAUGUUCUUUUUCUCUAUCAUUCUCUCCAUCCAACCCCAAACUGGCAAAAAAUGGGACCAAUCUCCAGCUAAAGGAGACGCAAUUCGACUUGAGUAGAAAAGACACAAACCGCAAUGACAUCACGGCUGAGUGCGGACGUGAUUGGCCAGAUGCCUUUGCCAAAGAUGAUGAGAAGAAUAUGCCCUUUAGACGAAGGACGAAAAGUUUUUUGGAAUAUCACCGUGAAGAAGAAGAAGAAGAAUCUCCUGUGAAAGAAAUCCAGACACCAGAUGAAGAGAAACCGUGCCUGCCCAAGCUGGAGCUCCAAAACUGGGCCAAAGAAAAUCGGGUGGAGGCUCAUCUCACACUCCCUCAGAAUCACCUGCUGCUUCUGGCCAAUGAAGAGGAGGAAGAGCACCAGAGCCCUGCCCACACUCACCUGAGCCCCGCCCACACUCCAGUGAAAUGUGUGGAUGACAGAGGCAAAGAUGGCGGGCUGAAGGUUAUGUCAAAACCACAUUUUGCAGGAGAAAGAAAAGAGACUCCACCCACUUCACUGCCUAUAGCUCGGUCUCUGGUCCCACCUAAUUCUCUGCCCAUGGCCCCACUCAUUGUGGAACACCGAAAAGACAAACAGAUGGAUGAGGAAGAAGAAGAGGAGGAUGAUGAUUCAAGUUGGACAACUCUGUCUCAGGAGAGUCCAUCUAUAGAGACACCUCAGGAAACAGGUCCAUGCAGUGACUCAGCGCUGCCCCCUGUGUGGCAGAAGGAGGAUGAUGUGGUGUCUGAUGUUUAUCUCUGGCAAAGCAACACGCAACAGGACCAACCCGUAACCGAUAGCAAACAGAGCCAGGAAGGUGGGGCAAGCUCGCUGUGUGUGCCUUCAUCUAAGACACAGUGUGAGAGGCCUAGUAGUAUAGUGUCAGAUAGUUCUGUGGAGCCUGUGCCUUCAUCUGCUGCCUCUUCACCCUCCUCAUCCUCACUCUGCUAUGAAGUGACCACAGGCACCUUCCUCAAUAACAACUACCUGGACCUGAAGGAGACCGCCGCCCCUUCUGACUGCAGACAGAGUGAAAGUGGGAGAGGAGAGGAGCGGAGAGACCAAGAGUGUGCUGGGGCUCGCUGCAUGCCGUACAGCUACGUAAACCUGAGAUACACCAGAGCUAAAGUUCCAGCUCCUCCUGCUGACACAGUGAUCCCCAUCAAUGACUUCGAGACACAUGUGUUUCGGGUGCGCGCUCUCGGCUGGAUGGAAGUGUGUGAGGCUGACAUGGUGUCUGGCAGCAUUGUGAUCAGCGACUGCAUCCGACUCCUCCAGCACUCAAACACACACUCUUACACACACACACUGCGCCGGAGAGAAAGAGAGAGCGCAGGGGAAAUGGAGGAGGGAAAAGCGAUGCUGUUAGUGCUGCAGGACACCACUUUGACCCUGAUCGACCCUGUAGACCACACCCUCCUCCACUCUCAGCCAAUCGGCAGCAUCCGCGUGUGGGGAGUUGGGCGGGGGAGCAGCAGGGAUUUUGCAUACGUGGCUCGGGAUAAAAACACACAUGUGCUGAAAUGUCAUGCGUUCCAGUGUGAUAGUCCUGCAGAAGCCAUCGCUGCCAGCCUGAACCAGAUCUGCUCCAGGAUUAUGGCGGAGAAGAAGAACGGUAAAACGGCAAGCGGCUCGUCCCUGUCCAGCACUGACGUCCCACUACAAGUAGACUUUCCCACACCAAAGACUGAACUACAGCAGAGCUUCCAUGUUCUCUACCUGGGAAUGACCUCUGUGUCUCGUCCCAUAGGGAUGGACAUUAUAAAUGGAGCGAUUGACAGUCUGCUGUCGUCCACGGGGAAGGAUGACUGGACUGCAGUGCUGCUGAAUGUGGAAGAUGCGACAGUCAGCGUUAUCAAAGAGAAGGAGGAGGAGGAGGAAGUGCUGGUGGAGUGCCGCGUGCGUUUCCUGUCGUUUAUGGGUGUCGGCCGUGAUGUGCACACAUUCGCCUUCAUCAUGGACACGGGCAACCAGCACUUCCAGUGUCACGUGUUCUGGUGUGAGCCCAACGCAGGGAGUGUGUCCGAAGCUGUGCAGUCUGCCUGUGUGCUACGCUAUCAGAAAUGCCUGGUCUCACACUCUUCCUCUCAGAAGUCCUCCACCUGUUCCUCUCCAUCUUCUUCAGACUCCAUGACUCGCCGUGUAACUACCAGCGUGAAGCGCAGCGUCCAGUCCAUCAUAGACACUCUGAAAAAGAAGCCCACCCCUGAGCUGCCCCACCAAUGACGGUGCAGCUUGGCUACGAUCACCGGCAGGACAUGUACAUAAAAACAAUGAACUCUGUACGGCCAAGGAGAAACAAAUGAUCAAAAACCAGGAAGUGGAAAGGAAGAGAAGACCUUAUGGGUGAAACUUCACCUGUAGCUCUUUGAACUUUGACCGUCACUAGGCGCUCUCCCUGAAGCAUGCCUUGGACAAAAAACACACAAUUACACUCAUUUUUAAGCCAACAGACACACAACUACAAUGUGUUUGAGCUGUGUAUUACUCUGUUACCAUCAUGCUGAUGUCAGUGAAGACUCAUUUUCAUGUCUGAUGUCAUAAUCAUGUUAAACUUUACACCAUUGUGGUGCACCAUUACACCAUUUCGGCUGUUCUGAACGUUAGUGUGUUAAUGCGAGCCUCGGUACAAAAUGAUGCUGUAAUUUACACCCAAUAGGUUGAAAAAUACUUAAACGUAAUGUGGUUGCGUGGGGGGAAAUGGUGAGUCCACCAGGGUCAGUUAGAGAACUGCUUGCUCAUGAUUAAUGUAUCCUAUUUUUGGGGCAGUAUGUCGCUCCAUGGUGUCAGACCCACUCUUCAACAACCCCCUAAAAUUCUCCUUUGAGAAAAAAACUAUAUGUUCCAUUAAUGUAGCACAUGAUUUUCUUUAUUUUUAUUUAUGAGAUCUGUCUCAAACUGCACUUCUUUCAGAGCCCCCUACUGGCAAAGUCUAGUGUAGUGUUUGUCCCGUUUGUGUUGCUUUAGUUCAGAAUUGUUUGGUACAGUCCUGAUCUGAUUUGGUGUGUGUCUGAAUUACAGUAAUUACAAGAUGACAACUUGACAAAUGGACACACUGAUAGCAAGAAAAUAGCUAAAUGAUGUGUUAUAAGAUAGUAAGCUACAUUCUUCACCUGCACUACACUAUUGGUGAUAUGGUUUAUAAACUGGAGAUCACAGAUGUAUAGAGUUACACAUUGAGUUAAAUCCUUUGACCAACAUGUGAAUGAUAAGUCAGUCAGAAACUCGGAAUUUCUAAAAUUCCGACAUUACCAUGCUAUUAAUUCUUCUACCAGAACAUCCUUUCCAAUAAGUCCUCAUGUAGCGUCUCUAUUGGAUUUUCAAUAUGACGUUAGUGUAAAAGUAACAUACCUUUCUAUAAACUUGUGUGUAACUACUACUGUACACCUAACAACUAAGCUAAGCAACAAUGGGCAACUAAGCUAAUGUAAAAAUGAUAAAUAUUACUGUGUAACCUUUUGUUUAAGGUUUGUUUCAUAUGGGCGUGUAGCGACUUGUGGGUGUGGCAUGUCCAGCUGUUUUUAAAUUAUGAUAAGAAAUGUCAAAAAUACUAUAUACAGCCUACUGCAUACUUCAUUCACUGUUAUUUUUCUUUAAAAUGUGUUUUAAUAUUAUAAUAAAACCCAAGACAAGAUGAAACUGCAGUUACCAUUUCUCCAUUUCGGCACCACUGUUGAAUGAGAACUAUAAGCAGUUAAGAACUGAAGUUCGGAUUGGUCUGAAGAUGUUACCAGCGCUAAUUAUUUACUGUGUCGCAACCAACGUGCAUAAAAUGGAAAGAUUUUCUAACCAAAACUCCCUGCAACCAAGGCUCAGUGUGGCAAGCGUAUGCAGGCAAUGAACGUUUGACUCUCACUUUGUUGAUAUGAAUGAAAAAGAAACGCGUCUUACAGUCUGGAAAAUAUAGGAAGCAAAGUGUAACUCACCCGUGUCCCUCACUCACCAUAUUAAUGUCCAUAACGUCCCUGUGCUAAUAAAGGCAUUUCAAAAACA